CGGUAUUUCCGUUAUCUGUCCCUCCCCAAAUUAUGCUAGUCAACUGAUCAUGGCGAGUUAUAGAAGUGACAAGUUGGAGUUAUUGCAGUUUUCUGGUGUUUGUUGUUGGCGCCGGUUAUUAAAUGUUGUUGUUAUUCUUAGUGUGUUUUGUAGGAGUCGUGCCACCACUCACUGGAUUGUGACAGAGGACGGCAAGAUACAGCAGCAGGUUGAUUCGCCUGUAAAUUUGAAGCAUCCCCAUGAUCUUGUGAUCUUUAUGAGACAAGAAACAACUGUUAACUACCUCAAAGAGCUGGAGAAACAGCUGGUUGCUCAGAAGAUUCACAUUGAGGAGAAUGAAGAUAGAGAUACUGGUUUGGAGCAGCGUCAUUAUAAGGAGGACCCAGACUGCAUCAAAGCAAAGGUUCCCCUAGGUGAUCUAGAUUUGUAUGAUGGGACAUACAUCUCUAUGGAGAGUAAAGACCUCAGUCCUGAAGAUUAUAUUGGUAGUAAAUCUUUACCUCCUGACUUGAAGAAACCAGAUUGUACAGAAAUCCUUGAACUUCCAUACAGCAUACACGCCUUUCAGCAUUUAAGGGGAAUUCAAGAAAGAACAAACCUCACUGCACCUCUCUUAUCAAAAGAAGAUCCUAUUUUUAGUUCAUUCCCCAAGAAUCUGGGGAGAAAUCCUGAUGAAGUAGGACACAGAAUUCAUGAAGCUUUGCUUAGGAAUACAUCAUCUUGGGUUCUGUAUAAUUUGGCAUCCUUCUAUUGGAGGAUAAAAAAUGAACCAUAUCAUGUAGUUGAAUGUGCAGUGAGAGCCCUACACUUUUCUCCAAGGCAACACAAAGAUUUAGCACUGAUGAAUUUGGCAAAUGUCUUGCAUCGAGCUCAUUUUUCGGCAGAUGCUGCUAUUUUGGUCCAUGCUGCCUUAGAUGUAUCCACUGACCUUCUGACAAGUCAUUACACUCUUGGGAAUAUAUAUGCUAUGCUUGGUGAAUACAACCACUCUGUCUUAUGUUAUGAUCAUGCCCUUAAAGCCAAGCCUGGAUUUGAACAAGCUGUGAAAAGAAAGCACGCUGUUUUGUGCCAGCAAAAACUGGAGCAGAAACUGGAAGCUCAGCACAGGUCUCUGCAGCGGACCUUGAAUGAGCUAAAAGAGUACCAAAAGCAGCAUGACCAUUACCUGAGGCAACAGGACAUACUAGAAAAAUACAAAUUGAUCCAAGAAGAGCAGAUCCUGCGAAACAUUAUCCAUGAAACGCAAAUGGCGAAAGAAGCACAGCUUGGGAAUCACCAGAUAUGUCAGCUGGGAUCUCAGCAUCAGAGCCUGCACUGUCAGUGGGACUUGCCAGUCCGCUACCAUCGUGGAGAAAUCUUUGAAAAUGUGGAUAAUGUACAGUUUGGUGAUGAUACCUCAACUGCCACUAUCGUAUCCGUGAGUUCUGAUCUGCAUGUAAACUGGAAUGAGACCCAAGAUGGCCUGCAGUUUUCACCAGUGACUCGUUCAGUCUAUAAAGUGUGGGGCAGAGACGCUAACUCUUUCAGGGAUAGCCAGGACAUGUUGUGGCCCAAGAGAGGAGACUGUGCAAAAUCCUAUCCAUCUCUCCCAACAUCAGAUGAGCUUCCAACAUACUUUCUGUCCCCAGAAAACAGAGGCCUUAAAAUCCAAUCUAUACUGGAUAAGAAUGGAAACUUCACUACCGGUCAAGUGCCAAAUUGUUUAUCAGUACCCGAUUUUGGUAAUAAUGAGUCAUUGCACCAUAUUACAGCAGAGUUGGAGAGGAGACUGGCUCUUGAAACUGUAUUACCUGAUGAUCAUGCAAAACAAAUUUUAUUUUCUCGUAUUGCUAGCUGGGCAGUUACAGAAGAACACAUUGGAGAACUCCUCACACGAGCCAUUGAACAGCCAAGAGGUCCUCUAUGGUUUAUACUGAAUGAAGCUGGGCUGUACUGGCGUGCUGUUGGAAAUGGCACUUCUGCAGUGACCUGUCUAAGGAAAGCACUGAAUGCAGCUCCUCGCGAGUAUCUGGACAUCCCCCUUGUAAAUCUAGCAAAUCUUCUGUUUCACUUUGGUCUGCAACUGGAUGCUAGCAGACUGUUACAAAAAGCUUUAUCUGUCAACAGUUCUGAGCCACUCACCUUCUUAAGUCUAGGAAAUGCUUACCUUGCCUUGAAUAACAUUAGUGGAGCUUUGCAAAUCUUCCAGCAGGCUCUGGGACUUAAGAGGAAAUGCCCAGAAUGUGAAAGCAGCCUGAAACUAAUCCGAUGUCUGCAGUUUUAUCCCUUACUAUACAACAUCAGUUCAUUAUCAUCAUCUGUAUGUGAAGGAGAUUACUGUCAUGGCAUGGAUGAAGAACUGAGCCAGGAACAUUAUAAGUACUUUGGAGAGUUUGAGGAGACCACCACGUCAAGAGAUGGUGAGGGCAGCCAUGACAGUGAGAGUCUUGCUUCACAUGUAAUCUUAUCCAAAGGUGCUGCUUCAAUGGGUCAUCAGAGUACAUCUGUGGCAAAAAUAAAUUUUUCUGAAGGGCAGGAAAAGCUGGAAGAGUCGCAGAUGACAGAAGAAAUGAUGGCCCUUGUAGACGAGUUUGAAAAUUCUUGGCCCUUGGAUACUUUUGAAGGAGCCUUGGAAGUAAAGGGCCGUCGUGUGGACUUGCAAGGAAUUAGAGUAUUAAGGAAGGGGUCCAAAGAAGGACUUGCAGGUUCCUGCUAUGGGGAUUGUGAAGAUGAUGAUGAAGCAGAAUGGAUAACAUUUCAGGUUAAACGAAUGAAAAAAACAAAAACAGAAGGCUCAGAUCCUCAAGAAAUUACAGAAAGAAAUAUUAACAUCAGCGAAGAAUCAGGCGGCCGUUUACAGUCCACACCAGAAAUUAGUGGCCCAAAGGUACCAGCUCCAGGACCUCAAGGUAAAAGACGUGAUUAUGUGAGCCUUGGCUGGCCAAGUCCCGAUGAAUGUUUGAAGCUUCGCAGGGUGGAACUGAGUACAGUUGCCAGCACGUGGCUUGCUGUUUCCGCAAAAAAUAUAGAUGUCACAGAGCACAUAGACUUUGCCACACCGUUGCAGGAACCAGCAGUGGAACCUUUGUGCAACCCAAACCUGCCAGCUAGCAUGCAUACACUGGAUCAUCUCCAAGGAGUAUCUAACCGGGCUAGUAUACACUAUACUGGAGAAAGUCAGCUUAAAGAGGUUUUACAAAGUUUGGCUAAAGAUAAAUAUCCUCCUCAAUCGUUUGAACAAGUUGGAACCCGAAUAGCCAAGGUUUUGGAAAAGAACCAGACUUCGUGGGUGCUUUCUAGCAUGGCAGCUCUUUAUUGGAGAGUAAAGGGACAGGGGAAGAAAGCCAUAGAUUGUCUCCGUCAGGCCUUACAUUAUGCUCCUUAUCAGAUGAAGGAUGUGCCCUUAAUAAGCCUGGCUAAUAUUUUCCACAAUGCUAAAUUAUGGGAUAAUGCUCUAACUGUUGCCAAAAUGGCUGUACAGAUUGCGCCACACUUUGUUGUGAACCAUUUUACUUUGGCUAAUGUCUAUUUAGCAAUGGAGGAAUUUGAAAAAGCCAUGCAGUGGUAUGAAUCAACAUUAAAGCUACAACCAGAGUUUGUACCAGCAAAAGAUCGUCUGCGUACCAUCCAGUGUCAUUUAUUAAUGAAAAAGAAACGUCGCUACCCUUAAUCACAACUAGUAGUAAUAUUGAUACAGUAAUAAUAAUAAAAUGAAACAAAUGUUCCAAGUGUUUGAUUUACAUAUAACUCAUGCAAACAGUAAAUGCAAAAUUGUUUGUAAUGUAUACCUGAACUUGAACAGGUUUAUAAAAAUGGUUUAUUUAAUGAA